AUGUCAAUGGUGCUCCUGCAACGUCGGUAUCCAGUUUGGGUGGGGGGUAGCGCUACGGACGCACAGCGAGCAGACAAAGUGUGGCAGCUGCUGCAGGGCAGCGUCGACAACAUGCUGGACUCCACCACCAACGACGAGGUGCAUCACGUCGCCAAGGGCAUCAAGCAGAUCAUAGAGAAGAAGGAAGGCCUCUUCCGCUCCAACCUGAUGGGUAAGCGCGUGAACUUCUCGGCGCGCUCGGUGCUGGCGCCUGACCCUGCCAUCGCCGUGGACGAGGUCGGCGUGCCGCUGGACUUUGCGCAGCACCUGCACUUCCCUGUCGAGGUCACGCCCUGGAACGCCGCCGCCCUCAGGAAACUCGUGAUCAACGGACCACACGUGUACCCCGGAGCGCACAUGAUCGAGUCAGAGGACGGACGCAUCACGCACCUGCGCGGCCUGACGGAGGAACAACGAACCGCCUUCGCUAAGAAGCUCCUCACGCCCCCUGACAGCACCAUCGCCACCACACGGCCCUGCAAGAUCGUCUACAGACACCUCAUGGACGGCGAUCUGGUGCUCAUGAACCGACAGCCCACGCUUCACAGACCCAGCAUUCAGGCACACAAGUCUCGCGUCAUGAAGGGCGUACGUGUCCUACGCAUGCCGUACGCAAACUGCAAAGCUUACAACGCUGAUUUCGACGGCGACGAAAUGAACCUUCAUUUCCCGCAGAACUGGAUGGCUCAGAGCGAGUGUGCCACGUUAAUCACGACACAUAAUCAGUACUUGACCCCUAAGGAUGGCGCUCCUUUGGCAGGACUUGUACAGGAUUGUGUAGUAGCAGGAGUCCUGCUGUCCGUGAGAGGUAAAAUGUUCGAGAGGGAAGACUAUAUUCAGCUUGUUAAUGUCGCCAUGCAAGACUACAAUUGUCCUAUCAACAUUUUACCGCCUGCUAUCCUGAAGCCUAAGAAACUUUGGAGCGGAAAACAGAUCAUUUCUACGGUCCUGCAGAAUCUUAUUCCGCAGAAGAACGCAUUGCCAACGUUCCGCUUCAAGACGUCUGUCAAAGCUGAG